UCGAUCGGCCCCAUAUAUCAGACUGAGUUAAUAUACCCUUUAAUCGAAUAUUGUCCACCUCUACGAAGCAGUGAAGAAAAUUAUAGCGUGGUUUUUUCGGUUGAAAAACAAUCAAAAGUGCAACAAACAGUGAACAAAACAAAGUCCAGCCAACUCAGCCGUGCAUGCCAAGUCAUCAGCGUUCCGCGAGUCCAGCGAAGAUUGAUCUUGUUUCCCCCAGACUGAAAGUGUCACCGCCAAGACGUACGUGCGAAAAAUGUUUUGGGACAAGGGUUAUGCGCCCUCCGCGAAUAUAGAGGCGCUGCUCGAGAAGGAGAACUCCACGCUGGAGGAAUUUCUGGACGAGGAGGACAUACUGCAGGAGUGCAAGACGCAAAAGAAGAACCUGGUCAACUACUUUACACGUCCCGAUGUCAUACGGCGUCUGGUGGAGCUGAUCACGACCGAGCCCUCUGAAGAUGUGCCCAUGUCGAAGCGUUUCCGCUAUGCCAACAUGUCCUGUGAGAUACUCACACUCGGCCUGCCGUCCCUGGAUGAGAAGCUACUGAACGACGCGGAGACGCUGCAGCUGCUGUAUUCAUAUCUGGAAAAGGAACCACCGUUAAAUCCAUUGCUAUCGUCGUUUUUUAGCAAAACGUUUAGCAUGCUCUUUACCAAAAAGCCUGAACAAGAUUGGUUUUUGUAUCAACACAUGUGCCUACAACUCCUGGAGUAUAUUAAAUCGCAGAAGACCUUUUUGGAUUUCAUUUGUAAACACUUUGACACACCGGUCAUACCUGAUCUAAUAAUGCAGAUGAUGAAGGACAUCGAGGGUGGGCGACUCAAGCGGAACCUUUUCGAAUGGCUAACUGAAGAUAAAAUUGUUGAGAGACUGAUUGCAAUAUUGCGUAAUCCUCAAGAAACCGACAAACAUGCAAAUGUUGCCGACUUUUUCUGUGAUCUUAUUAACCAAGGGCGCCUAAUGCGCCAGACCGAGCAGGAGAACGAUUCGUUUGAGCCGGCCUUCGAUGGAUCCAACCCCAUUCUGAAGACGAUCGAAUUUGCGGACACAAUUGAAGCCUUGUUAAAUGUGAUUUUGGAACCAAACGCUCAGGAGAGCGCCAUCUUAUCAGGAAUAUCGGUUGUACUUACGCUAAUCAAGCCAAUUACCUUCACAGAUGAGCCCAACUCGGAUCGCCAGCGGUUGUUACAAAAGCGCGAGCGCGAAAUCCACCAGGAAGUCCAGGAGACUGUGAUCAAUGUGAUGGCGCCACGCCUCCAGGAAUUUGUCCACAUACUGAAAAACCCGCCUGCGAAACCCACACUAGAAACCACGGCCGCCGUGUUGACGCCCCCAUUUGGAAAGACUCGACUGCAAGUGUGUCGCGUGUUCACCGCUCUGCUGGAGACCAAGCAUGAGACUAUUCAGCAGGCAAUCUGCGCGACUGAGUACUUCAGCCUGUUGCUGGACUUUUUCAAGCAGUACUGCUGGAACAACUUCCUGCACACAGAAACGGAGAAGGCACUGAAUGUGGUCUUUUACAACGAGCUGUCCAACAACAACACUGCAUCCACGGAGGUUACGGAUUACUUCACUGCAGACUGCCUGAUCAAUGCCUUUUUGAAGGUGGGCACGGAGGAGUCCGAAGUCGAGAUAAAGAACGCUCUUAACGAUGCGAAGCGGGCGGAGGGCGGCAAGGAUGAGGAAGGGGGCGACAUCGAAAUCGAAGUGGCAGCUGCGCAGGAAGUGGCUGCCCAGACGCCUGAUGAGCGUCAGGCAACCGCAGAAGAAAACCAAGAGCAUGAAGAACACACGGGCCAUGUGGAAGCCGCAGCCGAAGCAAAAGCUUCUGAGGGCGCAGAACCUCAAGUCCAGGAUAAUCAUGCGAAAAAUAGUGAGGUGGAUGGUGAAUCUCCAACAGAACAGCAGGAAUCGGAGGCAACGCUCAAUGAUCUCGACAAGACCAAGACCGUUCCCAGUCCUCCGCCUUCUGAAAUGCAAUCACAUUUAAUUGUAAACUGUCGUCUGAUAUCCAAACUGGUCGAUUUGUGGCAGCACAAUGCGCAGGCGCAAAAUGCUGAGAAGGGUCGACGCCUGGGCUACAUGGGCCACCUUAUCAAAAUUCUGCGUCACAUUACGAAUUGUAUAUCAGAAUCUGAACAUAUCGGUGAUCUGAUCACCAGCAGCCUAAGUGAUGAAGAUGAGGUCAAGCUGUGGCAAUCGUUGAUCGAUGCGGAAACUGGCGAGUUUUCGCUGGCGGUUAAACAGCAGACCAAGCUCCUGGCCGACUGCAAUCCGCACGAGGAGAAUCAGUACAAUGAUGGAUCCAAUGACUAUACUGGCGAGAUAAAUGCGUGGAACGUUGGUAAUCAGCCGUACAGAGAAGUGGAUUGUAGUGAGCUGAAUAACACGUUGCAAGACAUCUUCUUUGCCAUAGAUCAGAACCGGUUCCAGUUUGGUCGAAACAUUGACGACGAAGAUGAUGACGAUGAUGAGCAUGGUGACCACUCGGGCGGUGGUGAUGGCCAUGGGCACGGCAUGUUCACCAAAAAUUCGAACACGCUCAACAACUUGGCUGACCCCUGGGACAUCCAGUUUGCCGUCCUUUCCAGCGUGCCUUCGCAGGUUAACACGGGCACUGCCAACUGGGGCACGGAUUUCAAUUCGGAUAACUUUGCCGACUUUGAUGCGCACUUUAGCACCUUUGGCAGCGAUCUUGGUAUGCCCAUAAGUGCGCCGCCAGGUGAAGAGGAAGAGGAGGACUCUUCCCCAGCGCUGGCAUCCGAUACACAGGUGAACCCAGAGGAGGAGCGCCAACCCGCUGAAUCUAUUGGACUCGCUGUGGGCAAGGGCGCUCAGGAUAAUCUAGCGUGUACCGACGAUCAGCAGGCUGAGUACGACAAUAAUGCCAACGUGGAGAAGGCCAUCAGCGAUAAGCUGGCCGAGUCGAGCGUGGUGGAGACUGCAGCAAUUGUUACUCGACUGCAAUCCGUACUGCUGGACGGCGAGGAUGACUAUGAGGACGAUGAGGGAAUGUGGACCAAGCCACUGGGUGCGGAUCGUCCUGCGGACACCGAGCAAAUUACUCCCAUUUCAAAUGGACCCGACAGCAAAGUGAAUGAAUUCAAUCAUGCCAACGAUAUCAGCAGCAACAACGUGGAUGGCCACGAAGCCAACAUCACAACGGAGCAGCAGAAAUUGGCCGCUGCCGCCAAGACGAACAAUGUUGAAAUUGCAACUACGACCACAUAAAUGCACUUCUUCACCACACCACACAUCAUUCAAGCGCAAUUGUGUCGACGAGAAAUUGUAAAAACGCCUUUGAUUUGCUCUUUGGUCAUUAUCAUGCAUACAUAUUUAUAUAAAUAUAUACCACAUACUACUACUAUACGUACAUAUAUAACAGGCUGCAUAGUACAACAAAAGAUUUGUGUAUUAGCAAAAGGCCGAAGCCCGCCCAAAACCAAAAUGCAAAUUAUCAAACAAAAGAAAAAAAAAAAAAAACAAAAACAACAAAAAGCUAAAAAAAAAUAUUCACAGUAAAAAGUGUAUUGUUGAUUCCUUCUGCUCCUCGCUCGUAUUGCCAAUUAUUUUUAUUAUUACACUUCCUUCAUGUUUCCUAAUUAAGAAAACUGUAUUUUGUUUGUAAUAUGUAUUAGUCUGUCGAUUUAGUACGCUUUUACUUUCAAUACUCUCAAUGUGUUAGGCAACCUAUGAGCAUUACUUAAAGUACCAAAAUUCACGCAACGUCUAGAAUGCUUAGUUUAUAUUUGUAUUGUAUUCGUUUUAGCUCGAUCAGAUGAGGAUUAUCUAUCUAUUCAUAUGAUGUAUGUAUGUAUAUACAUACACUUUUGGAGGCUGUCAGUAAAUUACGUCAUCGCAAAGUCGCCCAUUAUCGUCCUCCUAUUGUGUGGAAUCCCCUCCAACUAGUGGUGACGUAAUAUAUGGACAACUCCGCACUUAUACUUGUAUUGUUAAAUUGGAGACUUGUAUUUAUUGUAUGUAUUUUGAAAUCGAAAAAAGCAAUGCCAAAAUACCAAAACGUUCAACACCACAUACCCACAUGCUGCAAGCACAAACAUACGCAUUAUGUAUUAGAGAUGUAUAUGAUUAUAUACUUCUGUCUUUUGCCAUUAUUACCUUGUUUGUAUACAAAUCGGUUUAAAUAACAAAACAUAUUCUUUGUCGAAAGUACAAAACAAUGAAAAACAAACCACAAAAGAAGAAGGAUAAUAAACAUAACGAAAGGACAACACUCGGCAUUUGUCACCACAUGAAUGAUCUACACCCCCGAUCUAUACACCCCUAACUAUGCGUAAAUACAAUUACCAGACCAAACCAAACGAAAUGAGAAAUUCAAAAGAAGACUUUCCAAGAAGACAUUUUAAAUUUACAUUUAUAUAUUUUGUGUAUUGUGUUAAUUGCGCUGUUCAAGUUAUCGCUGAAAAAUGUUUGUGUUUUAAACGUGCAGAGAACCACGAACAAAACGCUGAAAAAAAAUAUUAAGGAGAAGUUAAACAAAUAUGCCAUCAUUUGCUUCCAAAUAAUUACGUUUUAAUUAUGAUAAAAAAUAAAACAGAAACUACUUUAAAAGUAAAAUCGAUGUUUGUUUUACACGAGACGACUUGCUCACCAAAAAGAAAAAAAGAAACAAACAAAAAGUUAGACACCUAGAGUAUGUAUACUAUAAGAUUAUCGAGAAAAGAGCGGGCAGCAUAUCAGGCAUAGAUGUGUGGAAAAUCAUUAAUAACCAAAACCCUUCCCACACAUCCUAGGCAAAAGCAAAGUAAUCCUUAUUUGCCGAUUAAAAUAAAAUGCUUAGUUAUAGAACUCAAGUUUGCACAAAUUUCAACUCGCUUGCUUUUUACUUGCAUACUGUAGCAACACAAAAUGUGAACGAACACAACCAAGAAAAUGAAAUAACAGAAAUAAGAAUUAAAAGAAGAAAUAUUGAAACAUUUAAACUAUCUCUGAUGAAAAACUGUGAUAAUUAAAUGAAGUUGCAGGGUAUUUGAUAAAGCAAACUUAAUUUAAACAAAUUAUGAAACUUCAACUAAUGGCCUCCACCAUUUGGGAAAUACAAAAGAACACAGCCAACACGAGACACUCUGAACAAGUUAAUUAUACGAUUCUUUAGCAUCACAAUCAGCAGGACACCUCGACAACCAAACAGCAAUAACUACUGCAAUGAAAUCUAAUUGAAGGAGUUUUAACGUGUAGUCUGUAACAGUGCGAAAGUAUCUCUAAGUUCGAGCUAGUAUAGAUAUGGUCAAGGAUCGCGGCUAUUUGUUCUCUAGCUUCUCACCAACAAAGCACUAAACUAAAGUUAAACUUAACUUAAAUACUCAUAUCAAGCAGCCAAUUGUAAACCAUGUACUGUACAUACAUACAAUUGUCCCCCGUAUUGUCUUCCCCUAGUUAUGUGUUUUCGUUUUCCCUUUCGUUUCAACCAACUUAGUAUCCAGAAUAUCCAACGAUAUAGGCGACGAUGAUCGAGUCCUUCCCUUGUGCAUAUGCCUUACUGAAAACUAUAAAAAAAAACGAAACACUAAAAAAAGAGAAAAAUCACAGACCUAGAAAACCAUUUAGAGAGUGGUAGUAUCCGUAAUCCUAGAGUUAGUUUCAUCUACAUACUGUGUGUCUUUUAAAUAUUAAGCAGCUGCAGCAAGCUUAAUAUAUAUACGAAUACGAAUAAAAACCAAACGAGAAACGUAAUUAUAAUAUCUUAAAAAUGAUGUAGACAAAGUCUUGUGGGCAGCUUUAAGCAUUUUGUUUGUCUAAUUAUUACAACUUGAAUAAGAAUACCAAACGUCCAAAGUUUUUUGCAAACAAGAACUAAGAACAAUUGUGAACAAGAAAGUCUUCAGAAAUGUUUUGAUCGCCUCGAUGCGAAACAGAAACCGAAUUAUACACACAUAAGUACUUGCAUGCCUAUAUACAGAGAUACAUUUGAUUAAUUGAUUCAUUGAUGACAUAAUUGAUUGAUUAAUGAUUCGCAUCUCGAUGAAAUGGAGCCCUUGGAUAUUUUGUGAAGUGCAUUAGUUGUUAAGUGAGGUUGUAAUUUUCGUGGCGCAAUUAAUUGAGACAAAACCGAAACAAAAACGAAUGCGGAAUCAAUGGUGGGGAUGAGAAUGCUAUUUUUAAGGAUCGUAACGUACAUAAUUUUGUCUGUGUGUGUUCAGCAAUUCAGUAUUUCAAUUAAGCCAACUCAAUGAAUACCCCAAAACAAUGCUACAAUGGUUUCCAACUGCAAACCACAAGAAACGGAUAUAGAAAGGAAUAAUUCCAUAUAAUCAAUCGAAGGUCUAAUUCUCUAACUCUUUAAUAAAGAACCAGCGGGAACAACAACGAGGAAGAAGCAACUGUAAUACAACAAAGAUUAAGAAAUUAACAACUUCAACUUCGUACAGUAAAUAUAUAUAUUUGAAAAUAGAAAACCAUUAAUAAGAAAGUGAGAAAACCGAAAAAAAAAAUUAAAAAUCAAAUUGUUAACAUAAUGGAUAUUUUGUUAAAUGCAAAUCUUUGAACGAAUUACUAACCACAUUAGCAACUAGUUAAUGAAAACCGAACCCAAGUGUGCUUCAUGUAUGAAUUUAUGUUAGAUAUUUACAACAAUACGCGUAUACAUAUUCCUAACUAAAACAAGCGAAAGAAAAGCCACAUACAGAAUUUGCAUAUUACUCUUAACGAUUAACAACUAUUGGUGUCUAUGCAUAUACACAUAAUGAUUAACGAACUAUACUAUAUAUUACCUUAUAUAUGUAAGCCGAGUACAGACUUGUGAGAACUGCGAAACGUAUCGUGAAAUAUCCGAAACACACAUAUUUGUCAUACUUGCUAUAGAGCAUAUACAUUUAUAAAAUACGUUAAGUGCUCAAGGUGAUAGCUGCACACUAGGGUGGACCAUAGUUCUAUUUAUAAUUUAAGGCUUGCACUCUCAGUACGAUAUGGUUUCAAUGUACAUCACUCAUACGACCUGUUGCAACAGCGUAUGAGUAAUUUAUGCGAAGGCUCACCAACAUUACGCCCUAAAAUUAGUGGAAUUUGUGCUUUGUAAUAAAGUUAAAACAUUUCCAAUUUUACCACUAUUAGCCAAAUAUAAAUCUGGAUUAUGACGACUUUUUGUAAGAGAAGCUACAUAUGUACGAUUAUAUAUUUACACAUUUUGUAUGGUAUUGACACUACAUCUUUUUUAAAGAAAAACCAUUGAAGAGAGCUUUAAAAUAAUGAAAUGAUGACGUUUUGUACUUGUAUAACUUAGUUUUGGCCAAAUACUUUGCGAAUAAUAAAGUCUAUGCGGCAAUAUGUUUUUGAUGGUUAGUUUGCACCAACUGGUCCACCCUACUGCACACCCACAAAUGAAUACACGUACAGAAGGACACCCACACACAUACUCGCCGUUUAGCUUGCCACAUUGUUUUGGUCGAAACUCCGAGGUAAUACUUUAAAGAGAAUCACUAACCCCAAAGGGACGCUCUGGAAUCGCGAUUUCUUGAGUAAGUGCCUUAAACUGACAGAAAGAUAUUCGUAGUAAUGGAGAGUGGGUGGGUUUUGAGGACUACGCAAUCAGAUCCAAAAGUAAAUCGAUUGUUUUCGGUACACUUGUUUUGGGGAGAAUAAGAGACAGACCUUUGUUUAAAACUCUACUAAGCGUUAGCCCCCCGGCAACCAACUAAAUGUAGUUCCAGAAAUCAAGCAAACAGAAUAGUUAACUCUAUGCUCCGAUCUAUACUAUUAUACCGUCGCAUUUGAAGUAAUUGUACGAUUAAUUGUGAAUUCAAAUCAUGUAAUUGUGAGUGUUUUUGGCCCGUCAACGUUUUGCUCAACGCACACACAAACACACAUACACUGAGAGAAAAUAAUAGAAUCAUGGAUUACACACACUCGUAAACCCGCUUUGCCCAAGUUGAAGACAAUUUGUGAUUGUUUUGCAUGUACCCUAAAGUUAAGCGAGUUUACACGAAUAUGGAUUAAGCCGCAGAGAGCGGAAACGGAAACGUAAACUGUACGAGUAAUAGCAUUAAUUGUCUAACAAUAAGAUUUGUGCAUUAUACGAUAGAAAUUCACUUUGAAUUCGUAUUGAAAUUUAUCAAUAAAGCGAUACUAUUUGAUUCUUA